UUCUCUCACGAAGCACAUUUUCGCGCUCGCUUUUCCUCAGCUAUGGGUGGCUUUCGACGUAAAGAACCGAUAAAGUGUUUUCUCGCAACAGUGUCUGGGAGAUUAACCUUCAAUUCCUGGAGCCUCCAGGCCAAUCCUAAAGGCUUGGCAACCCUGCUCCUGCAUGGAACACUCCAACUUGCAUCUGCAGACAGACCCUACACCAGGGAGCACACGUAUGAGAGUACGCACUAACUUGAACCCAGUCUAUUCGUUAGCAGCCAACUAUUGUGAAACAAGGUUUUGUGGCCAUUUGGAAUUGUCGUAUAAUGCAUAGAAGACACCAACAAAACCUCAAUUCUGGAACUGGGAGUGUGAGGGAAGCAUCUAGGUGGAAGAAACUGUUUCUUAAUUUCAGAAAGGUACAGUCUGUGUCUGAUUCUGAUGUCAAAUUGGCUGCCAGGAAAUUCCACUCCUUGAAGUCUUGGAAACAGUAGGAGCCAACACCCUAUCCAUUGAAGACCAUGCAUUUCUGGUGAAUUAAUUGCAAAUAUUAGUUGUCCAAGAAUCAGGAUCCUGGCUUGAUUGUUAAUUGUUGUGAUGUCAAAAGGCAACAAGAGAUUAUUCAAGAAAAGCUGCUACUUGAACUAAUUAAUUACCAACACUACUGAAUUUAUAAAAAGCACAAUGCGGGUUAGUUUUUGCCAGAUGCUGCUGACCGGGGCAAUAAUGGUGAAUCUAGUUGUACUUUACUACGUCUCCAGAACUCAACAACAAAUGCUGAAGCACAAAGACCCAGGGAAGGCUGCCUCCAGGAGGUCGGCGAUUUCAAGGGUCAUUGGGGUCACUGUGCUGAUACGAGAGUUCGAAGACUUUGAGAAUUGGGUGGUAGGUGUAGUGCAAUCCUUCUGGAAGGAAAGGCCUGACCAGCCCAUUGUGGUGGUGGCUGACAAACUGCCAUACCCGCCGUUGGGUCUACCCGACAAGCAGAACAUACAGGUGGUGCUGUUGAAUGCAUCUCCCGAUCAGCCAUACUACAUCACCAGACCCGAGUUCUACAUCAACACCGAAUACACCCUUCUGGUGCCUGAUGGGGUGCAGUUGGACUCAACUCAGCAGCUUGAUCGUCUUCUUCGAGAAUUUGAGGCCAACAAAGGAAAGGUUCGAAUGGUGGCAGCUCCUAUUCAGGCUGCGGAAAAAUUUCAGUGUCUAAACUUGCGGGUUAGUCUUAAGGAGUGGAGCGCAGUCUACAGCCUUUCUCCAGCCCAGGUUUGUGAUGCCAUUGAUGGAGAUGCUGUGGUUCUUCUUCGAACCGAAGAUUUGUUCAACCUCUCUCAGCCCAUGGUAAGGCCACUCAUGAUGUCCCUCUUUGUUCAGUCUUCAUUGCGUGGCUGGAAAGUGAAGAUGACAGAGAGUGUGAUGUUCUCCUCGUACCACCGCUCUUUGUUCAUGUCGGCCCAUAACCGCUGGAAAGCUGACAUCAACGAAAAAGCGAGGUUGGCCCAACUCUUCAAAGACUUCGGCUUGAAGCAUGUGGUGCAGGCCAAUGGAAAGGAGCAGUGGUAUGGGUGCAACAAAGACACUCCUCGCUGCUUUGGCACGGUGCAUGAUGACACGCCAGAGUACCUGUAUCAGAACAGGUGGACUCCGCCUUGUUGCCUCAAAGCCUUACGUGAGACCACCAAGUAUGUCAUAAACAUCUUGGAGUCCUCAGGUGUCCGCUACUGGCUAGAGGGUGGAACGCUUCUUGGAGCAGUCCGUCAUCAGGACAUCAUCCCAUGGGACUAUGAUGUGGAUCUUGGAAUUUAUCUGGAUGAUGUGGAGAACUGCGAGUUCCUGAGGAGCCUGGACUCUGGUUCAGUUGUUGAUGAAAAUGGCUACGUGUGGGAAAAGGCUGUGGAAGGAGACUUCUACCGAGUGCAGUACAGCGAAAGCAACCACUUGCACGUUGACUUGUGGCCAUUCUAUGCCAGAGAAGGAAUCAUGACCAAAAACACUUGGAUGGAUCACAAGCAGGACGUGGAGUUCCCAGAGCACUUUCUGAAGCCAUUGGUCCCCAUGCAGUUUGCUGGGAUAACUGCUCUUGCACCCAACAAUCACAGGCGCUUCUUGGAAUUGAAAUUUGGAGAGGGAGUUAUCGAAAACCCUGAGUACCCAAACCCUGCCAAGAAAAAAUUGGAGAAGAUGGACUAAAUAUGGAGGAUAGUAGACAUCUUGGAAUGAGUUAUAGGGCCAAUACUCAAGCAAUUCAGAUGCUAGAACUUUUUGAGAUAUGGUAUUACCUCAAAAUGAUAUCCCAGAUAUUUGUUAUUUCACAUUUGUUUCCUCCUCCCCAUUCUUUUCCUGCAGGCAUUGGAUCUUCCUGGGGUAUAGUUCCGUGAGUAUGGGGGCAUUAUCUGGCCCUUCUCGAUUUAGGGGACCAGACAGUGAUUGUUAGCGAGUUACUGGAAGAUGGAAGACUAGCCUGAUCCCAACAUUGCCGGGGAUCCACACUCGUCCUUUCCAACAGAAGGUGCUGUAUCUUCGUAGCAGCUGGAACCGUAGCUGAUCUUAUUCCCCACACAAGACCAGCUGAAUAGUGAGAGAUCAAACGCAAGGCCUCUGAUCCUCUGUCUCGAUGCUGCACCAAGCAGUUCCUUUAACCACUAAAGCCAAAGUUAGGGUGGGAGCUUUGCAUCUUUAAAUAUACAAAUUAGAACAAUGGCUUGGAUGAACAAAUAUGGGGUUGUAAAGAGGCAAAUUUGCACAGAAGAGACAAAAUUUUGAGGGGAGGAAGGGGGCAUCUCAAACUCCCACCCAUACAGAAUUAUGAACCCAACUGAGCUGAGAAAAUAGAAUGACCUAAGAUUAUUAUGUGCAUGUAAAAUUUGAACUGUUAAAAUAUGCAGACCAUUAGAAGUUGUUAUGUGAUUGUUCAUGGCCUGGGCUAAACAUGACCCAAGCCAUGGCUAAAUCACUGAUGUACUCCCUGAAGAAUGUGCCAUUAAUGCCAUGUCAAAACUUCAAUCCACUGCCCAUUAAAUAGAAUUCCCAA